AUGGACGAAAUAGCAUACGGCCAUUAUCAUCAUCAUCAUCCCCAUCACUCCCAUCUUCGCCAUCAUGAUGAUAACACCAGCCUAACAAAAAAAUAAAAAAAGAGGAAAAAAAAACCUCCUAUGGGGGUGGAGGGAGGGAGGGAGAGAGAGGGGCUCCCCAUCUCGCCAAACCACGCCCAACCCCGCGCGGGGCUCCGCCUCCAGAAAAUUCUCUUCCCAAAUUACCCCUCGAAUCCACCUCUACGUCCUCUCGGGGGGAGGCACUCUCUCUUUCUCUCUCGCGUCUUUUCGUCUCGAAUGGCGCUCGCCGGCGUCUAGGGUUUCUGAUUUCGCCCUCCAGAUAGUUAUAGGAACACUGUUGAUAGUUCGUUUAAGUUGAAUUUACCACUAUGGAGGGCUUUGGAGCCUCUGCAUUCGGUGGUGUGAGUGCUGUAAUGAAGAAGCGGAGAAGUGCUACUUCAAGGCGGCCUCGGCUUGAGGCACAGUUGAUUAUGGAGGGUCAUGAUACCUCACCUCCUUUAAACAAUUCAAGAAGGCUCUCUCCUUAUGAGAAUGGAGGAAAUGAUGCUGGAUUCCGAAGGAAAGAGUUUUAUCUUAACAACCCUCCUCUGAGGAGUUCAUCUGCUAACAGAAUUGAAGGUGGAACAUCUUCAAAGAAGGUUAAGAGGGAUGACAAGACAUUCGAAGAUUAUUAUGGAAGUGGUUAUUCUAGAGGUGGGAAUGGUUCUGAUUUGAAGCGUUGCAGCGAAGGUGCACUAGCCCCAGCUAACUUGAAAAGCUCGAACAAAACUAAAGAGAGCAUGGAAAUGCAGUCAAGAUCCCCAGAUGGCUACAUGGGCAGGAGGGGUGAUGGUCAUGAUAUGCAUCAGCCUGAGGGAGCUCAAAGUAUAUCAGCUGAGAACAAGCUGAGAAAGGUGAAACUCAAAGUUGGUGGAGUCACACGCACUAUACAUGCAAAAUCCAAUUUAGAAGCUGGUAAUGGUGGCACUUCUGCCAAGCCUCCACGUUCUUCUGAUGCCUUUCGGCAUCGUCAAAAGCUUAGUCCUCAGGAUAACUCUGAUGAUCAUUCACCUGAAAAGGGGAGUCACUUGCAAGGAGAUGCAUGGAAGGAUUCCAGUGGAAUGAGCUUUUCUCGGGGAGAAAGCAUAUUUAGAAAGCAAACAGACAAGCUUCCUGGCAUAUCCUCUUCUGAACCUGUUCGUAAAAGCAAGCGAGUGCCUAAGAGGCGCAUGCUGGAUGCUGCAUUUGAUGAUGGUGAGGAAGAUGAUGAGAUCCGCUACCUUGAGAAACUUAAAACUUCCAAGGUUUCUUCAGAUCAAACUGCAGAUUUUGAAGAUGCUGGUGAGGAUGGUGUCAAGAAACGGAAGAUCUCCAAACUUCCGAAAAAUAGGGGUAUGCCAUAUGAGGUGGAUGAGGACUAUGUUAUGUCACGAUCACACAAGGAAAGCAGGAAAAAAUCAAGAUCAGGAAAGGAAUCUGAUGACACAGAUUAUGUUGAAGAGGAAGAACCUGGUUCCGAUGGUGGUCCUGAGGCCAAGAGAAGGAAACAGAAGGUAUCUAUAGAUUCACCUGCUGAUGUCAGAACUGAACCACUUACAACACGCCAACGGGCACUUCAAUCAGGCAAAGGUGGCAAUGGCGAGAGUUUGAUUGAGUUCCCAAAUGGGUUACCUCCUGCUCCUUCAAGAAAGCAAAAGGAGAAGCUUUCUGAAGUAGAAAUACAAGCAAAGAAGGCAGAGGCUGCUCAGAGGCGUAAAAUGCAAGUAGAGAAGGCGGCUAGAGAAUCUGAGGCUGAGGCAAUCAGGAAAAUACUGGGCCUGGAUUCUGACAAGAGGAAGGAAGAAAAGAAGCAGAAAGAGCGAGAAGAGAAGGCAAAGGCUGCUAAAUCACAGACAUUAGCAUCAAGCACCAUAAAAUGGGUCAUGGGGCCAACUGGUACAGUUGUUAUAUUCCCUGAAGAUAUGGGCCUGCCAAGUAUGUUCAGCUCCAAGCCAUGCAGUUACCCACCUCCACGAGAGAAGUGUGCUGGCCCAUCAUGUACAAAUGAAUACAAAUACCGGGAUUCCAAGACUAAACUUCCGUUGUGCAGUCUACAGUGUUAUAAGGCGGUCCAAGGAAGUGCUCAACGACUAACCUGUUGAUGUUUCUUACCUUGUAUGUGUUUUUCCCUUUGUAGGAGCAGUUCACAUCUUGGUUUUCCACAACCGGCUGGUGGUCUUUAAAGGUCAGCCUGGAGAUUGUUGCAAUGCAGAUUUUGAAAAUCUUCAUCUAAAGGACUAUUACCUCUGAACUUUUGCCGUCAAGUUGAAAAUGAACCAUCCUUCUUUUGCUGUUAGGGAAUCUAAAUAAGAAUUACUUGUCUCUAUCUAUAGCUACAGUUUUUCAGAUUAGGUUGAUGCAAGGUACACUGUCUUGGUAACGGAUCCUGUAUAGGUACACUCAGUGCGAGGCUAGUUCAAUAUAUCGAGUAUCAGUAUGUCUUCCAUACCGCAUAUCGGUUUGGUACCAAUAUGGUAUGAUCAGAGCAUACAGUAUUGACUGGUAUGGCAAAGUUUAGGUUGAUGAUUGUUGAACAGGGAUAUCACUUGGUAAUAAGGCUGAUAACCCAGCAUGUAAAAAUUAUUAUCAGGCCAAAGCCUGGUAACCCAGCCCACAUUUGUAUAAAAUCAGGUGAUAACGCUGGACUAGGCAAAUAACUGAUGUCAUUUCCAUUGUGGAACCUUGUUUACUCA